AUGGCGAUUAGCACUCUUUCUAGCCGGCAACAAAGCAACGAUGGUCCCUACGACCAGCUAGUUAAUGAUGGGCAGAUAUGUCCAUCCGCAGGUCAAUUGUCAUUUCUUGAUAAAUUACCCGCUGAGAUCAUUCAAGAUAUCGCGUCUUAUCUCUCGGCCCCAGAUCUCACCUGCCUCGGUGCCACUUGCCGAGCCCUCGCCGAUCAUGCAUUGAAUGACUUCCUAUGGGCUAACCUGGUGAACAAGAGACUACCUACUCCUAUCCAGAACUCAGGCCCCUUCGGAUCCUUCCGUCGUCUUUAUCUUGCAUAUCAUCCCUGCUGGUUCAUUCCCCAGCAUAAGAUUUGGUUCGCGGAUACUGAACACACGGGCAUGCUGAUCAUAGCUCGAUAUGAUAACCACCGGGGUGUAAUUGAAGCACACCAAGUUGUUGCAGAACGUGGUACUGCUGGAUUCCAAACAUGGGCGUCAAACCCAGAAGUUAUUAUUCAGUCUUUUGAACCCAGUGUUUAUCUAGCGUUGGGUGAUCCUGUCUUGUCUCUCAAUGACCCUGAUCCAUCCUCCCGAAAAGCCCCAAUCCAAUCUCUCCACUAUAUGCCAGAGGAACGACGCAUGAUCCUGGCUUCGGAUGCUCGAAAUAUCUACACAUCACUAUCGUUUUGCUCCUCAUUCAGCCCCCGGGGACCUUGUUUCAAACCCAAUGUACUUUGGCCACCACGAACCAUCCCGAGCAGGGCACGCACAGUUCGUGAUUUGAAGGACUCAGCACCGCCAAUAGUAAGGCAUCCGUCGGAAUUAUCAGAAACUUUCUUCCGUGUCAGGAAGUGGGGAAACCCGUGGGCAAACCCAGAGCUUCAAUUGUCGCCGGUACCAAAGAAAGCAAGCCUAACCUACUCAACUCUCGAUCCCGUUCUUUACACACCCACUGCAGAGAAACCGUACCAGGGAAUUUGGGUUGGAGACUAUGAGGCCCACGGGUGUGAAUUUCUGCUUAUGAUCCAGAAAGAGAUAGCGGAGUUAGCACACGAUGACGAAAAAGAGGCGAAGGUAAUCGAUGCCCAGGACGAGGUCGAACAUGACAGCCAGGAGGAUGUUGGGCAGCGAGGUCCAUUACACGCCGUCAAGCUGACAGGUGACUCCAAUGUUCCUCGUGGGCAAUUGUCGUUUAUUGCCGAAGACAUUGGCCCCAGAGGCCUGGUUAGUGUCGCAAUGGAUGAGCCUUUUACUGGCGCCCGAAUUGUGCGUUGCCUCGGCCAUGUAGCUGGACUAGGGUUUCUUGACGACACCUACAUUGAUUCCCAAUUGAUCCUUAUUUCUCCUGACCACAUGGCUCUUUACUGGAAGCAGAUAGGCCAUGUAUCCUACUACCAGCGUGUGGACAUCGAUGCAUUAAUGCAUAGUUGA